CUUAAUAAAAACAAACGGCCUUUAAGAUGAACUGAAAUGAAACGACGUGGUCUGCAAUAAUUCAUAUAGUCGAUCUCAACUUACUUGGGAUUAAAAUCUCAGAAUGGUUAGUAGUUAUAUGAUUCUCUUCAUCCAUUGAGAGAAUUCAUCACAGCUUGGUGUAGCAUGCCUAAUAAGGACCUGAAGUUUGCCGUUUUUUCGAGGAAAGUCCUGUCAAAUCCCAGAAACUACAACAUUAAAGACUGUAUCGGACACUAGAAAUAUGGCAAAAAAACAAGAAUUGCACCUCAUUGUGCUGCACUAGCCAUAAGAAAUAGACCAAAAAUAGCAGAAACUAUAUAAGCUGCACCUUCAAAUGUGAGUUCCCUCUAUCUCUUUUUAUUUCACAAUUCUGUUUAAAUCUAACCAUCACAAUUUAUCAAAUUUAUAAAAAUUGCUCACUUUUACAUAACUUAAAGAAACUACUCGGAAAUAUAUUUAAGACACUUUCAAAUUUAAUGCCCAACCAUUUUUUGUCAUUUUUUUCUCCCUAACCUCAUGAUUUUGGUGCCCGUAUACCCUUAUCUCUUCUCCUCCACACGAAUUUUCAACUUCUUAUCUCAAACUGUUGGUUUGUUGAAAAGGGGAGAAUUCAUACAUACACAAGAACAGAAAGAAGCAACCGUUCCAUACUUUCUGUUGCCUCAUUCUAAAUCCAUUUCUCAGAUUUUUCAUCUUCAACAUCAACUAAAAAGUUUAUACAUCAGAUCAUGGAAAGAGGAAAACAAAUUGACGGAGAAAGAGAGAAAGGGGAAUUAGCAAACUUUGAGGUGAAGGGAAAUCAAGUGAGUUACGAUCAAGCGGACUCAAUAUUAGUGGAGCCAUGGGGAGGCACUGGUGGAUCAGAAUGGUAUUACAAGCUGAAAAGUCCCAUUAAAAAAAUAUGGAUUACUCAUGGAGAUUGUAUAAAAUCCAUCAUGUUCAGGAUCAUUAAUGAACAAGGUACUACCAUAGACUCACCAAAUUUUGGUUGGGGUGGAGGUCGAAGAGACAAGGUUGUUAUUGAGGCAACUCCAUUGGAAUAUUUAACAGGCAUCAAGGGGACAUUUGGACGUUGUGGUAGCUAUUCUGUUAUAAAAUCUCUAUGUUUUAUAACUAAUGCAAAGAAUUAUGGACCAUUUGGGUGUGAGGCGGGAACCCCAUUUUCACUUGUGAUGAAAGAAGGUGGAGCUAUUGUGGGAUUUCACGGGCGUUGUGGAGCGUAUCUUGAUGCUAUUGGUGUUUAUUUGCGGAAACUUACUCCUCCCACUUUAUCAAAGGAACCUGAAGCUAAAAACAUUGAGCCAAAUGAACAUGUGGUUGAAGAAAUUGAAAUCCAUGACGGAUCAGGAUCAGGUGAUCAUAAGAAAGGGAAGAUAACAAAAAAUGAAAGUAAAUUGCCAACAAUGGAAAAUCAAGUGAGUUACGAUCAAGCAGAUUCAAUAUUGGUGGAGCCAUGGGGAGGCAAUAUUGGUGGAUCAGAAUGGAAUUACAAGUUGAAAAGUUCCAUUAAAGAAAUAUUGAUUGCUCAUGGAGAUGUUAUAGACUCCAUCAUGUUCAGAACCAUUACUGAACAAGGUACUACCAUAGACUCACCAAAGUUUGGUAGGAAUGGAGGUCGAAUAUAUAAGGUCGUUAUUGAGGCAACUCCAUUGGAACAUUUAACGGGCAUCAAGGGUACAUUUGAAUGUUUUGAUGGCCAUUCGGUUAUAAAAUCUCUAUGUUUUAUAACUAAUGCAAAUAAUUAUGGACCAUUUGGGUCUGAGGCUGGUGGAACCCCAUUUUCACUUGUGAUGAAAGAAGGUGUAGCUAUUGUGGGAUUUCACGGGCGUUCUGGGUUGUACCUUGAUGCUAUUGGUGUUUAUUUGCAGAAACUUGCUUCUCCCACUUCAACAAAGGAACAUACGGUUGAAGACAUUGAAAUCCGUGACGUGUCAUUGUCU